CCCAUUCUUCGGUUCUCUGGGGGGGGGGGGGAUACACGCAGCAAGACUGGAGGUGACAGAAUCCUUAGUGAACCUCUUAGAUAGUAGAGCCGUUCUUGUGACGUUUGGCAACGCGAUGGAGCUUGAGCAUUUCGACGAGCGGGAUAAGGCGAGGCGGAACAGCCGAGGGGACAGGCUGAAUGGGGUGACUAGUCCAGCACACAGCGCCCACUGCAGUCUCUACCACACCCGUACCCUCAAGACCCUCAGCUCGGAGAAGAAGGCAAAGAAGGUCCGUUUCUACCGCAAUGGGGACCGUUACUUUAACGGGAUUGUGUACGCCAUCUCCGCGGACCGGUUCCGGUCUUUUGAUGCUCUGUUGGCCGACCUGACCCGCUCCCUCUCUGAUAAUGUGAACCUACCACAGGGUGUACGGACCAUCUACUCAGUGGAUGGAACCAAAAAGAUCACCAGCACUGAUCAACUGGUGGAGGGCGAGAGUUAUGUGUGCGGCUCCAUCGAGGUCUUCAAGAAGCUCGACUACACCAAGAACGUCAACCCCAACUGGUCUGUGAACGUCAAAGCUUCGUCUGGGGCGGCCGCCCGCGGGCCUCCAUCCCUGGGCAGCGCCAAGGCCGGACCUCCUGACACCCGGGACCAAGCGGUGAAGGAUUUCAUCCGUCCCAAGCUGGUGACGGUGGUGCGGAGCGGGGUGAAGCCCAGGAAGGCUGUCCGAAUCCUUCUCAAUAAGAAGACGGCCCAUUCAUACGAACAGGUCCUCACCGACAUCACGGAGGCCAUCAAACUGGACUCUGGAGUGGUGAAGAGGAUCUAUACUCUGGAGGGGAAACAGGUGACAUGUCUCCAGGACUUCUUCGGUGAUGAGGACAUCUUCGUGGCGUGUGGACCGGAGAAAUACCGUUACCAAGACGACUUCCAGGUGGAGGAGAAUGAGUGUCGUGUGAUGAAGUCAAUGGCCUAUGGUAAAAUGUCCGCUCCUCUGACCAACCGUGGUUCUCCUCGCUCCGUGGGCCUGUCUAAACGCAGAAUGUCCCCAGCAGGCUCCGUGAACGGGAAUCCGACCAGUCAGCUGUCCACUCCUGGCUCGGUGAAAUCUCCAAGCCCCUCCCCUUCCGGCCCUGCUUCAGACCUCAGACCACGCAGGGAGUCUCAGGGUUCAUCUAUCUCUCUGGCCUCUACCAAAGCCUGUAGCUCCAUAGAAGAAGGAGAUGGAGCUGAGUCUAUAGUAGAGGAUGAUAUCCCUGCGGUGCCUGCCUCCAUAUCGGAGCGCUACAGAGUGGGACGCAUGUUGGGAGACGGUAACUUUGCGGUGGUCCGGGAAUGUGUGGAACACUCCACAGGCAGGGAAUACGCCCUGAAGAUCAUUAACAAGGGCCGAUGCCGGGGGAAGGAGCAUAUGAUCCAGAACGAGGUAGCCAUCCUGAGGAGGGUGAAACACCCCAACAUUGUCCUGCUGAUCGAGGAGAUGGACACCUACAGUGAGCUCUACCUGGUUAUGGAGCUGGUGAAGGGGGGCGAUCUGUUCGAUGCCAUCACGUCCACUAACAGAUACACAGAGAGGGACGCCAGCGGGAUGCUGUACAACCUGGCCAACGCCAUCAAAUACCUCCACAGCCUCAACAUCGUACACAGAGACAUCAAACCAGAAAACCUACUGGUGUAUGAGCAUGUUGAUGGCAGUAAGAGUCUGAAGUUGGGGGACUUUGGUCUGGCCACCGUAGUAGAUGGACCCCUCUACACUGUCUGUGGAACACCCACAUAUGUAGCACCAGAGAUCAUCGCAGAGACAGGGUAUGGCAUUAAGGUAGAUAUCUGGGCAGCAGGAGUUAUAAACUACAUCUUGCUGUGUGGCUUCCCUCCCUUCCGAGGUAGCAGUGAUGACCAGGAAGUGUUAUUUGACCAGAUCCUGAUGGGACAGCUGGAGUUCCCUCUCCCCUACUGGGACAAUGUGUCGGAGACUGCCAAGGAUCUGAUCAGGUCCAUGCUGGAGGUGGAGGUGGAUCAGAGAUACACAGCAGAACAGGUUCUGGACCACCCAUGGAUCCAUGAUGAUGGUGUGUCGGAGAAUGAACAGGAGCUGUCAGUAGCAGGGAAGAUAAAGAAACACUUCAACACCAGCCCUAUAACUAACGACACCACCUCCGGAGUGUCAGUCAUCACGUUGGACCACAGCUUCUCCAUGCAGCGCUCUGGGUCGUUGGACUUCCACCAGCACCCGGCUAUGUACUGGAUAAGGCCACCGCUCUUGAUAAGGAGGGGCAGGUUCUCAGACGAAGAUGCAACCAGGAUGUGAGCUCACGGCCGUUGCCGUUGACAACAACAACAACAACAACAACAACAAUGGAAAAACCGACUAGCUGCCUCCCCAGCCCGACC